UCGUUUCAAAACGAAUUUUGCCUUCGCAGCGUUCAGACGUGUUCGGAAAAACCUGAAAACCAUUCGAGUGACAAAGUACAAGACCAACCAAGAAAAUAAACACCAACUGUGGUCACCGAUCGAGAGUGUUUCGUUUCUAGUGAAAAGUGAAAUCAGAGCCAAAACAUACAACUCUUGGCCAAAAAGUGCAACAGAGAUAAGUUCUCUGCCCAAAACUAAACAAGUGUUUUAACGCCGAUUAUUUUGGAUUAACCUACGUUUGCCGACGCAUUUCUGUGGAUUAACCUCAUCGACGCCGAAGCAACGCUACACAUUUGUAGCCUUGUCUCGCAAAAUUUAGUGGAUUACCCUACACAAAACCACACUAAGCAACUAAAAUGGUUGUCUUGGAAGGAGGCGGCGGCGUUGUUACCAUCGGUAACAACCAGUACCUUCAACCGGAUUAUCUGGCCCCAUUGCCAACAACGAUGGACGCCAAAAAGAGUCCGUUGGCUCUGCUCGCACAGACUUGCUCCCAAAUCGGAGCGGAUUCGUCGGCGGUGAAGCCUCUGCUGGCGAUGGACAAGAACAAGACAAAGCCGGGGGCCUGCUCCUCGUCAUCGAACUCGUCGAGUUCCUCGAGCAGUGGCGAGAUCUCGGCGGCCAAAUCGCCUUCCGGCCAGGCCAAGUCGCCUAAGUCGAGCACUCCGAUUAGUUCCACUGCCACCAGCACAAGUUUGGCCAACACCAGCACCGGCGAGAUCAAGUUGGCCUUCAAGCCGUACGAAACCAAUGUGCUGAGCCACCAGAAUCAGAACUCCUUCAAGAGCAGCUCCUCCUUGGAGGCGGAACAGACGAGACCCAGCUCAAAGAACUCCUCAUCCGCCCAGGAACGCGUGCCAUCGCGCAGCAAGUCCAAUGCCACGCCCACGGAGGGCGGAAAGGCGGAGAUAUCGGUGCACGAUUCAUCCUCCAGCCGGAAGACAGUCUCGCCCUCGGGAUCCUCGCAACGCGGCGCCAGUCCAAUUGUGCGCUCCGGAAUGGAGGUGCUGAACAAUGCCAAUGGCACCGCCCAGCAUCCCAAGGAGAUGAGCAGCAUGGCAGCGGCGGCGGCGGCAGCAGCGGCGGCAUACAAGGCCGCCGGACCUUAUGGAUUGAACCCCCUGUCCGCCCUCUGCUGUCCACCUGGGAUGGAGCAGCAUGCGAAUCCCGCUUUCCGUCCGCCAUUCGCCGGGGGAUUCUCACACCAUCACGCCGCCAUGUUGGCGGUGGCCGCCAAUGGAGUUUAUCCGGGCGGAGCUCCGGGCGGCGGACCGGCUGGUCAGCCCAAUCCGUACAUCAGUUACCAGCGCAUCAAGACCCCGGCUGGCGGAGAAGCCAUCGUGCCGGUGUGCAAGGAUCCCUAUUGCCAGGGCUGCCCCUACUCGGCGCACACGCAACAAAUGCUGAUGGGUGCCCCCUGCCCCGCCGGCUGCACCCAGUGCGAGCACCAGAAAUACGGCCUGGCUAUGGCCAGUGCCGCCGGACUGCCACCAGCUCAUCCGUACUCGCAGGCGGCGGCGGCGGCGGCAACAAAUGCGGCUGCGGCAAGAUCGGCGCCUUACGUCUGCAGUUGGGUGGUGGGCGAUGCCUACUGCGGCAAGCGGUUCCAGACCUCCGACGAGCUCUUCUCCCACCUGCGCACCCACACCGGCAACCUCUCCGAUCCGGCGGCUGCUGCAGCUGCUCUGGCCCAAUCCCAGGCUCAAUCGCUGCUGGGAACCCUCUUCCCACCAUCGGCUUUGAGGGCUGGCUACCCCACUCCACCCUUGAGUCCGAUGUCGGCGGCUGCAGCGGCGGCAAGAUAUCAUCCCUAUGCCAAGCCGCCACCGGGAGCUUUGGCCGGCGGACCAUCUCCAUUCGGAGCGGGUGGAGCCUUCAAUCCGGCAGCAGCCGCGGCGGCAGCUGCUUUGGGUCCCUACUAUUCGCCAUAUGCCAUGUACGGCCAGCGGAUGGGAGCAGCUCAUCAGUGAAGCAACUAAGAUACCAAAAAAAAAACAAGAUAUAAAGAAGGAAAGAAACAAGCAGAGAUAAAAGGGGUUUAAACCAUUUCCCAACCGCGUUUGAGAUAAUUUCAAAGAAAAAGAAAAUCAAGAAAAACGAUUGCAAAGGCUGACACAUCUCUGGCUUUUGCGCUAUUCUGUGAUACUAAACUGUAGUUUAAACGAGCGCUAGUUACACUUAAGUUUCGCAAACAGAAAGAUAUUCAACCACCUAAAGAAAAACAGUAGCAGCCGCAAAACAAAACAAAAGUAAAAUAGCAGGAUCACUUCUUCUUUCACCCUAAAUGUCUACAGUAAUCGAAUUGUUAGGUAAAAGAAACUUCAACUUCAGCAAACAUCCAGUUCCACUCACGCGUUUAAUUUGUUCUCAAAGUUCAACCAAAGUUGUUUAAGUCUUAGCCAGAACACAUUCAAAAACUUCCAAUUUUUGUUAAAUGAAGAACCCAUUGCUGAGAUGUUCAAACAUUGUUUUAGUUUUAGUUCGCUCUAAGUUCUAUUAACUAUUAUUACGAUUAUCGACAAGCAUACAACAAACCAACAAUUGAAAUAAUGUUCUUUAAGUCAACUUAUAUGUAAUUAAGCGUAAUGAAUACUUGUAAUACCAACCAAUCAGAAAAAAAGAAAAUGAAUACAAAAAAAAACACAAAAUAAAUACUGAAAAUAAAAAUGAAUAUUUCAUAUAAUUAUAUACUGUGUGUAAAUUCUAUAAAUAUAAAAUUAGAUUUGCUAUUUACUCCUUGAUGUACGCAAAAGCCACAACACGAUCUACACAAGAAGCCACGGAAUAUCAAACAUCAGUAAUUUAAACUACAUGCAAACAACACAUUCGUAUAAAACUGAGAAAUAUACAAGAAAAAACAAUUUUUAAAAAUAUAAA